AUGAAAAAAAUUGGAAGACGUUCGUUUCUUCCACAAGGGGUAAAAUCCCAACUACGCUCAGCCUGUCAAGUGCAAGUGCAAUUACCUAAAGGGAAUCACGCGAAUCCUUUACGAAUCUUGGAACCGAACAGGAAAAGACUGACAUCUCUCAAAGCAGAACGCGUUCUCCGUGUAUCGGAAGAAAACAUAAAGAAUGUUCAGAUUGUACUAAUUUUACCUGAGGUAAUCAAAUCUUUGGAGAGAUUUAGCAUCGUUUUCGGGCAGGAAUUAUUCGUGUUAUUGAAGGAACAUGAAAUUUUAAGGCAAAAAUACGAUGAUAAUGUUAAACAACUUGAGCAGGGUAAGAAGUUGGAAGCCGAGUACAAGGAAUGGUUAGAAAUGAAUGAAAAACAAGGGGAUUUGUUCAGUGAGUCAAGUUCUGAAUCAAAAAGUGAAUCUGGUCAAAAAGAAGACGAAUUUGUUGUUCGAGUGAACGGACAAAGCAUGACAACUUUACGCGAGAAUGUUGUCAUAACAGCGAAUGAACUGACGUAUUCUGUAAAGAAUAUUCUUCGGAAGUUCAGGUCUGACCCGACUGCAACAAAAGCUGUGAUAGAACAAGCAAACAGCCUAUCUGGAAUUAAGGAAAAUUUCGUCAAGGGACUGAAGGAUUUGCAAAUGAUCGUGCGCGAAAAGCUGUUGACAACACCUGUAGAGUUGGAAGAAAGAAAAUAUUACAUCGCAAAAGUUGUUCAACGAGAAAACAUGAUAUUGAAAAUCAAGGAAAAACUUCAAGUAGAUUACGAACAGCAAAUAAAAAUCAAGAAUGAAGAGGAGGAAAAACAAAACGCAAUUAUUGAAAAACUUAAGGAAGCGUUGCGAUCUUUGAACGAAACAGCCAUCAAAGAAAGCUCGAAAAUCUUAACAGACGCAAGCCAAAAAAUUAAAUCUGUUGUUAAAAAGAGUGAUGCGAAGCAAAAGGUUGUCACACAACAGAUUAUUGACGAGAAAAAAACAUUUGGUGAAAGGUUAAGUCAUAACUAUGAAGACGAACGUGAAAAGAGAAAGGACGAAUACGACGAAGUGUUGAUUGAAAGAGAUAACUUGAGAAAAGACCUAGACGACUUGGGACGGCAUUUCAGCGUUUUGGAAAAGGAAUAUUUGGACAUUCUUGAAGAACGGAGAUUGGCCGAGGAAGCAGAAGAACGGCGAAAGGCAGAGUUUGAAAGGCAAACCGCCGCAGCCAUAAGACUUCAAGCCUGUUGGAGAGGAUAUCGUGUCAGGAAACAAAUGAAGAAGAAGGUCAAAAAGGGGAAAAAAGGAGGGAAAGGGAAAAAGGGAAAGAAGAAGUAA